GAGUAUCAUAGCAAAACUUAGAUAUCUGCAAAGUUUUGGAGCUUACCAGAACAUGUUUUCUGGGAAUAUUUUGGAUGUCUUUGGCAAUUUUUCUCAACUUUCCAAUCUCAAGGUAGGAAUUAACCAAUUUUCUGGGGAAAAUCCCACCUAGUCUGUGGGAAUGUCAAGUUGUCAAAAGCUCAAGACCUUGGACCUAGCUGAAAACAGGCUUACUGGAAGCAUACCAACAGAAAUAUUCAAACUUUCCAAUUUGACCAGCUUGUAUCUGGGACAAAACCUUCUAGGUGGUUCUGUCCCUAGUGAAGUAGGUAACUUGAAAGAGCUUGAAUACUUUGACGUUUCUGGUAAUCAUUUAUCAGAAAAUUUAACUUCAUCCAUUGGAGACUGUUCUUCUUUAAGGUUUCUUAUCCUAGCAAGAAACAACCUUAGUGGUCAAAUUCCAGGUUCAUUUGGGAAGCUGACAUCAAUGGAGAUUUUGGAUCUUUCCUCUAACAAAUUUUCUAGGAAAAUCCUAUUAGACUUGGAAAAUCUUCAAUAUCUAAGGAAAUUAAAUCUAUCUUUCAAUUAUUUGGAAGGAGAAGUUCCAAUAGGAAAAAUCUUCCCAAAUCUUAGCUCAUUUUCUCUCCAAGGAAACAAUGAACUCUACAGCUCCAAUCAAGAAAUUGCAAGAACUUUUGGAGUUUCUCCAUGUAAAACCAAAAGAACAAUUAGAAAGAACAUGCUCAAGAUUCUAGCUUCAGCGGCAGGGGCUACCCUGGUGGCUGCAUCUUGUGCUAGAAGAUGUGGAAUCAGGGUUAUGCUUGACUCUGCUACAAAGGCUAAAUAUUGCCAUAUUGCUUCUGCAAUGGAUUAUCUGCCCAAUGACUGCAAUCCACCAAUAGUACAUAGUGACCUGAAACCCGAAAACAUUCUUUUGGAUGAAGACUUGACUGCUCAUGUUGGGGAUUUUGGAUUGGCAAGAUUUAUUUCUGAAAAUCUAUCACAAGGUAAAAGCAGCACAAUUGGACUGAAAGGUUCAAUUGGUUACAUUGCUCCACGAGGCAAAGCAUCAAGGAGUGGAGAUGUGUACAGAUUUGGGAUCCUUCUGCUUGAAAUAUUCAUUGCAAAGAAACCAACAGAUGCGAUGUUCAAAGAAGGAUUAAACCUCAAUGAAUUCGCAUCUGCAAUGACUCUUAACGGCCAAGCUUUGAACCACAUUAUUGAUCCCAGGCUGUUCAAGAACAUUAACGAUGGAAGUCCAAUGCAAAGCUUAAGCAUUACUUCCUCUAGCAACAGUAGCAAUCGUACCAACCACAGUUAUAGCAUGGAAAAAUAUGAAGAGUGUUUAGGAGCAGUAAUAAGAGUUGGUUUGGCUUGUGCAGCUCAAAAUGCAAGAGAUCGUUUAUCCAUCACAUAGGCCCUUGCAAAGUUACCACAGAUUAAGAAAUCUUUUCCCCGCUCUUGAAAAUGGGCACACGGCAAUGGUGUGUGUGCAAUCGCAGUUGUCCAAUCAUGGUCAUGGGUAGUUUGAACUACACUAAUCUAUAUUUCUAGAUAUCAAGUUGUGAUAUCAUGAUGUAAUGUUAUUUUAUAUCUAGCGGAAGUUAUAUUAGGCUUAGUUUUUCUAUUUUUAUUUGGAUUUGAUUAGUUUUUUUGUUUCGUUUAAGAUAAAUUAUUCGCAUUAAA